GUUGGCAGUGGCGUCUAACCCACAGAAAAGUUUCAGCCCAGACUGUACUAUUCACCCCCAGGAGGGGAGUGAGCCUAGCCGCCGAAGUUUGAGAAGGGAAGGAAAACAAGGGAAGGGAAGCCUUAAGCGAACGAGCCCAACCUCGCGAAGGAGUGGAAUGGAAUGCACCAGGAUCCGGACCUGCUCGGCGCGGCUCGCAGUCUCUUCGGGCGCUCGGUGUACCUGUGCGCUUAUUAUGGUGCUGUAAACACUUACACUGUAACAGUUACCCUGGUCCCGAAACGACACUAAACUGGGCUCGUCUCAAGUUAAAGCAAGGGAGAUACUGGAGACAUGGCGUCUCAGGCAGAAGUAGGUGAGGGCGAACUUUUGGAAAUUGACAUAUGCGAAGGUGAGAUCCUUUCCGAGGAGGAGAGCGGCGUUUUUGUCAACCUGGCCACGUCGUACUCGGACGGGCUCCCUUUAUUUGGCCAGUGGGCAGUGUCGGGCCACGUAGGUCAGCCCGGGGAAAGCGCCUUGGAGAGAACCGCCGACGAGGUCACCGCGCAGGCGGCCAGCCAGGUUCCUACAAACGCCAGGACCCCAGGCGGCUCCGUGAGCUCGAGUACCGGGAAUGGCGAAGCCUUGGGGGAUGAGCCCCGAUGCCUGUCCAGAGCAUCUAUUUUGGACUGCCUUUUGGUGGAGCUUUAUGACACCUACGAUGGCUGCUAUAAGAGGAGCGCAGACAGCAUGGACAGCUCUACCGAAGCCUCUAGCUCGGACGCCUUCUUGGGAAGAAGUAAUUCCGGCUCCACUUUCCUCCAGGAGCUGCAGGAGAAGCACACUGGCCGGUAUCAAAUGAAUUACCUGGCUCAAAAAGACCCCGAGGAGCUGAAGUCGAUUAUCUAUGAGGUGAAGUAUCGCAUCGGGAUUCAAUCUGCAAAGUUAGUCCGCCAACUGAAGAGGAAGGACCGGCUGCAUAACAAGGUGCAGAAGAAAUGCGACAUUGUGACCGCCUGCCUGCAAGCCGUGUCUCCAAAAAGAUGGGUGGACACAAGGCUGAAGUUUACCCUUGAACCAUCCCUGGGUAAAAAUGGCUUCCAGCAGUGGUUCGAUGCCCUCAAGGCUGUGGCCCGACUGCCCACUGGCAUCCCCAAGGAGUGGAGAAAAAGGGUGUGGCUGACUUUGGCUGACCAGUACCUCCACAGCAUCUCCAUCGACUGGGAGAAGACCCUGAGGUUUGCCUUUAAUGACCGCAGUAACCCAGACGACGACUCACUGGGCAUCCAGAUCGUCAAGGACCUUCACAGGACUGGAUGCAGUUCCUAUUGUGGCCAAGAGGGGGAGCAAGACAGGGUGGUCCUGAAGCGAGUGUUGCUGGCCUAUGCACGUUGGAACAAGAAUGUUGGUUACUGUCAAGGGUUCAAUGUACUGGCGGCUCUUAUUCUUGAGGUCACUGAAGGAAAUGAAGGGGACGCUCUGAAGGUGAUGAUCUACCUGAUAGACAAGGUGCUUCCUGACAGCUACUUCGCCAACAACCUCCGUGCACUGUCCGUGGACAUGGCCGUGUUCAGGGACUUGCUGAGGCUGAAGCUGCCUGAGCUCUCUCAGCACCUGAACUACCUCCAGAAGGCAGCCAACCGCAAGGGUGGAGGGAGCUACGAGCCACCGCUGACCAACGUCUUCACUAUGCAGUGGUUCCUCACCCUGUUUGCCACCUGCCUGCCCCACCAUACCGUGCUGAAGAUCUGGGACUCGGUCUUCUUUGAGGGCUCGGAGGUGCUCCUGCGUGUGGCGCUGGCCAUCUGGGUGAAGCUGGCCGAGCGGAUCGAGUACUGUCAGAGUGCAGACGAAUUCUACAGCACUAUGGGCUGCCUGACCCAGGAAAUGCUGGAGAACAAUCUGAUUGAUUCCAACGAGCUCAUGCAGAUGGUGUACUCCAUGGCUGCCUUCCCGUUCCCCCAGCUGGCAGAGCUGCGUGAGAAGUACACCUACAACAUCACGCCUUUCCCCGCCCCCAUUAAGGCCAGCGGCAGCCAGGGGGGCCACGUGCGGGACAGUGACGACGAGGCUGAUGUCGACGAUGAGGACUCCCUGGCCAGUAUCCUGGGCUGCCUGGGGCCAUUUGGUGGCCUCCUGGCUCCUGAACUGCAGAAGUACCAGAGACACCUGAAAGACCAGCAGGGGGAGCUGAGCCAGCCCAGCCGGAACAUCGCCGAGCUGAGCCCGGGGGCGGUGGAGGCGGGACGGGCGGAGCACCAGGCCGCCAUCAACAGCAUGAUGCUGGAGCGCAUGAGCACGGACAUCAACGCCCUGAAGAAGCAAUACAGCCGCAUCAAGAAGAGGCAGCAGCAGGCCGGCCUGCUCUACAUCCGCGGAGGUUCAGAAGCACUUACAGAAACUGGGGUUUCUUCUGAUCCCCAGAGCCAGCCAAGUCUGGAUAAAUGUCCGGCCACCAGCCUGCUGGCCUCUCAGGUCCACCUGUCGCCUGUGGUCAACCACCUGCUCCUGGGGAAGCAGCCAAAAGGGCUAAGGGGCUCCAGGAAUGGCCUCAUCCCGGGGCCCCUCCCCCAGGCACACUCCAGCCCGGUCCGGAACGGAAGCCCACGAGGGCGGGCUCACUCACCAUGGCGCGCCCACGUCCGCACGCACCGGCAGAACAUGGCACGUGCCUGCGCCCAACUGGGCUUCACGGGCACAGCGGAGCCGGUGGACGACGGGACCGAGGAAGCGGAAAGCAGUGGGGAACUGGAGAGCAUGAAGCAGGAGCCAGACCAGGAGGGUGAAGAGACGCCCCCUGAGGUGGUCCCGCCACCCCCCCAGGCAGAACCGGAGGAGGGGCUUGAGCAGGUCGAGCAGAAGCUAGCCUCCCUGGAGCUGGAACAGGAACCAGAGCCGUGUGUUCCACCAAAGACUGAAACGGUUCCAGACUCGGACGCCCCCGUCCCAGUUCUGCCGCCCCCACCCCAGCCUGGCCGUCGCAAAGAGUCGGACUCCUCCUCCAGCUCUGAGAGCGGGAGCGGAAGCUCGCUGCAGCGCAGUCCCUCCGUCGCUACUCUGAGCCCCCGCGCCCCACCGACGGCAUUCUCGCCUUUCCCCAGCGUCAAACCGCUCCGCAAGUCCGCUGCCGCCCGGAACCUGGGCCUGUACGGCCCCACCGCGCGCACCCCUACCGUGCAUCUUCCCCACAUGAGCAAAAGUAUGAGACUCGUGGCCAGCAGCGCCACCAAGAGACGAUGACGGGGACUGAAGCCAGGCUGCUGUGAGACUCGCAGCCCCUCCCCCGCCUAUCUCCAUUUGGGCGGGGGGUGCAGCACUUAUUUCCCAAGUUACAGUAUUCAGAGUCAGGUUUAUGCUGCCACAACCGAAUGAUGGCUGACCUCAAACUCCCCUGGAGAAGAUGAGUGUCAUCUAGCACAUAAAAAUAUCUAUGCUCAGAUUAAAUAAUUGAUAUGGUUUUUGUUCUCUAAGAACCUGCACUGAAUGAAGUACAGCAUCGGUCCGUCCUCGGGGCGGGGAUCUGGGACAGCUGUGUGCGGAGUGUGAAUCUCAUAUCCCAUAACAGGUGUUGCGCUCCACUUCAGUGCGGUCAGUGUGUCACUCCAUGCUGAACAGCACACAUGCCAGGUUCCGCACAAUCGCUCACUGCUCUGCUGUGUAUGGAGAUGUGAACUCCAUACGUGUGCCUUAAGGACAGGUGUGCCAUAAGGGGCAGGAAUCAUUAUGGGGGGAGGUGGGGUCUAGGUCCCCUUUUGGAGCCACCAGGGAAAAGGUCCUGAGAUCUGGUUGUAUGUGCUGUGUGUCAGACAGGAGCUCAGCGGACGGGCUGCCCCUGGGUCCCGGUUUCUCAGCACCGUAAGGGGUCCCACCAUCCAUCCAUAUCAGUGAGACAUGAAGCUUCUAAGCCUGCUCUUCAUGGCUGUCUGCUUUCAUUCAUACCUGUAUGUUCUGCAUUCAGCCAGUUUAAUAGCCUAUUGAUGGCCAAGUUCUGUUUGUCAUGUGUUAUGGAGUGAAAAGCAACAUAAUGUGUAUUUAAGUGGAAAUGGGGAGUAUGGUGUGUGAAGCCGUUCCACUGUCUGGUCCUGAUAUCAGCUUUUCUGUUUUCAGUGUUCAUUAGAAUAAAUGCAUCAUGUAAGGCACAGUUUGCAGCUACAAAAUGGCAACACCUUCAGAUGGUCGGUGCGUUGCACUGAAAAUCUGACAUCCUGGUGGCUUUGUUGGGUACGACUCGAAUCCUUUGUAGUUCAGAUGAGUGUGAUCUUGUGUGAGACACUCCUGAUGAUUUACUUGUUGCAUUGCAUCAAAGCAGUUGGUUCCUUUAGUCUUAAAGUGUGUAAUGAAUGUGGGGGAAGCAUGUAUUGACCUUCCAGAAGUUUAAUUGCACAAUGUGGUUGUUGAUGUCUGUAAAGAAAAUGCCUGUAGGCUGGUGGAUCUGUAACUAUAAAGACUGAAUGCAGGGUUAGAACUUUGACCUAAGAAG